AUGGACGGAGUUAACGUGACACUAGCGUAUUCAGGCUCGAGUCUCUUUGACUUCCCCACUGAACUCAUCGUUCAAAUCCUCCAUUUCCUCUCCCUCCACGAACUCAUCACAUGCCAGCUAUGCUGCCGACUUUUGCGCCGGAUUAUUCAAGCUUCGAGCCGCUUGCAAUACACCAUGCUGACCGAAGCCACGUCAAUCCAAUAUGACCCUCUGUCCAAUCGGCCGUACGCUGAGCGCCUCGAACUCCUACGCCGAAGGGAGCGCGCUUGGACGCAACUCGAUCCCCGCGCAUUCACAACUAUUCCUGUCCAUUUUCAAUCAAGCGGCAUCUAUGACUUCACCGGGGGUGCAUUUCUGCUCGGUAAUCGCUACAAUGCAGACAAUAGACGCCUCACCCACGGAUAUUCUUACCUCCGCCUUCCCUCAAUUUAUGACAUACCAGAAUUGCUGGAUGGAGGUGCGACAUCGAUCACAUGGAAAUCUGUCAAUUUUGGUAUGACAGUUGUCGACGUCGGGUUGGCCGUAGAGGAGCACGAUCUCAUCGCCGUUUUGACCUCACGAGAAGUUCCCGGGGACGAUCCGGAAGAAGAUACGACGGUUCUCGAGCUCAGGCUCCUAAGUUUCUCGACUGGUCACCCUCACCCUCUGGCCGCGUCUCCCGUCAUGUUUUUGACGAGAAGGGACGCAUGGCUGGGGCAUUGUAGCGUUCUUAUUGAAAUUGUAGGAGACUAUCUGGCCUUGCUGCUCACCUUUCCAUGGAUCCGGUUAAACGGGAAAGACAAGUUCUUUCUCGUUGAAUGGAAAACAGGACGCUCGCAUCUUAUACGUACCUCCCAGUCUGGCGCAUACGCGCAUUUCGUUUUUCUACAAGAAGACCUCCUGGUGUUCACGCACAUGUCGUUAAAUCACCUUGAGAUCUGCAAAAUCGUGGCCGGUAACCCACCCAGCCUCCAGACUGUCCGAAUUCUCCAAUUCCCCUCUCUCCAGAACGCACACGUGCUCCGCUUCGACUGUCGUGCCGAGCCAAAUCCCAUGAGCAGCAGCACGCCUCCAUUUCAACCCCAGUCCGAGCCGCGCACACGCUGCGCGGUGCGCGAGGACCCAGAAAACGCGAUCGCCAUAUUUUACCUUGUCUUUCAGCAGGGCCCCGGAGCGCCCCACUUCGGCGAGAUGCACCACUUUUCGUUCGUCGUCCACCGGCGUUCACUCAUCGCGCUUCUCCCGCUCGAGGCCCGCGAGGCUCCAAGAUUCCAUGCUGCAUGGCCGCAGGCCGACGGUAUCACCGUCCUUCCACUGGAGUGGGAAAAGUGGGGGCCGCGCGUGACGCGUUGGUUUGCGUGCGACGAGGAGCCGAUGCGGUGGAUCACGAUGACGAACGGGCAGCGGUACGUGACGACGACGGACGAGCAGAGGGGCCCGCUCACGCUGCGCGACUUCAACCCGUACCACGUGCGCCGCCAUCAGAUGCGCGCGGCGGACGGGGGCCGCGACGCCGAGGAGAAGAUGGUGCUGCCGAACGGGAACGUCGUCCGGCUGGUGACGCAGAAGACCGUGCUGCAGCGCGGGGACUUAUUUGAGGCGGACGUGGAGAGCGAGCUCCCGUACUGCGAGACGGUGACUCGGAAAGAGUAUGAGUACGACGGGGUGAUGAUCGACGAGGAGCGCAUCGUCGGGCUGUAUCUGCGCGAGGACGGGACAGGGAUUAAAUCUUACGACGUGCACCUGUUUGGGUGA